AUGGAUAUCAGUAAAUACGGAAUGACAAUUGAGAAAACCGAUGAAGCUGUUUCUGAUAAAGUCACUCCCGAAUUAAAUUUAGUAAAAGUUGAACCACAAGAAGUUGAAAUGUUUAGUAAGUCCGAUAGUGAUUCGUACUCUAUGGAUUACCACGAUAGUAUGGAAGACAUUAUUGAUAAACAGGUAAAAAUUGAACGUGAUGAUAAAAUUGACCUUUGCUACGAAGAUAUCAAAACGGAGAUCGUGGAUAAAGAUAACGUGACCAACGAUAUUCGCAAUGACGACAUGACUCAAGACAACAAGUUGGUGCAAGUUGCUGAUUCAUAUUCUAUAGAUUACCACGAUGAUAUGGACAACAUUAGUGAUGGGAAAAAAAUUAAAUGUGAAGUUGAAAUCGACCUUGUCUACGAAAAUAUAAAAAAGGAAAUCGUAAAAGAGGAUAACGCGACUGACAAUAUUGGCGAUCCCGACAUGACUCAAGAUGUCAAGUUGCUGCAAAGUAACUCAAUUUUUUGUGAUUUGUAGGUAUGUUUGUUGGGCUAUUGCAUUUUCCAUGGAGAUAUUUUUAGAGUUAUCAACGGAUAUGAUAACUGCGGUCAUGUUUGUGGAACAAAUAAAUUUGUUUUCACAAAAAACAGUGAAGAGAAACGUUGCAAUAGCAAUGAGAAAAAUGAUGGGAAAUUCCAUAUAAUCCUAAAAAGAAAUUCUUCUCGAGAAAUAGACAGACUUUGUGUUGAUGACUGCGGUGCAUACAAAGGAUACAGACCGUUUUUCAACAGAUGCAUACAAAAUAAAAGCAGUACGGAAGUAUCCGAAGAUCUUCACUUGUGUUGGAGAGAUAUGUGUUACUUGUUUCUUCUAUCUCUAGGUCUUUCCGGCUUAUUGCUGAUACUAUUCAGAUAUCUAGUGGGCCUAGUCGUGUGGAUAGUUUUGUUUGGAGUGAUACUAGUUUGUUCAGCAGGAUCUAUAUUACUUUGGAUAAUGUGGAAAAAUUCCAAAGAAACCUUUGCCAAUUCUUCUCCAGAACUAGUGCCAGAUGUGGAUUCCAGAAAAACAAGCGCCUACUUCGUGUUUGCAAUAAUUGCUACAAUAGUUACUUUAGUAAUAUGUCUCAUAAUAUUUGUCAUGAGGAAUCGAAUUAGACUGGUGGUACAGUUAUUUGAGGAAUCUGGAAAAGCUAUCGCAGCUAUGCCACUUUUAUUGCUGGAACCUAUUCUAACAUUUUCAUGUUUGGCAGCAGUAAUUUUUUUAUGGGUCUACUUCUCGGUGUGGAUUGAAAGUUCUGGAAUAUUGAGUCAAAAAAGACCUGGUGUCUACUACUACGAAAAAAAUGACUGGAUGAAACUUACCCGGUGGUACAAUUUUUUUGCGAUGCUUUGGAUGGCUCAGUUCAUGAUAGGAUGUCAACAUAUGAUUAUAGCAGGAGCAGUUAGCGUUUGGUAUUUCAAAAGGUCAAUGCACGGAUAUUCAUUCUGUGAAGCAGGAAAACAAGCAUUCAAGCUGCUUUCUUCGAAUGUUUUGAGAGUUGCAGCCAUUAAUUCAGUUGGUGAUUUUGUUUUAUUUCUGGGAAAAGUUCUAGUUGUAAUAGCUACAGUCAUAGUUGGAAUGCAUAUAUUACAGUUCAAGGAUGGACUACAGCACAUGUGGGUUCCUAUAGCGCUAUCUGGACUGUUUGCCUAUUUUGUAGCGCACUGUUUCAUGACUGUGUAUGAGAUGGCCAUAGAUACUAUCUUUAUUUGUUUCUGUGAAGACUGCGAAAUGAACGAUGGAAUCUCCCAACCAUAUUUCAUGUCGAGAGGUUUGAUGGAAUUUGUAGAGAAUUCUAAGAAGGCACUAAAAAUUCAAGAAUUGAGAGACAGGUCGGCAAAUGAGAGGAGCGAAAAUGUCAAUACGAUUAGUGGAGGUGUUGAUAAUAUAAUUUCUGUUCAAUAGGUGAAUGAACAAGAUUUUACACAGCUCAAACUACACUGAGUUUUUUCACAUAAAGAAUGUUCUCAUAAAGGCUCGUAAAUAUUCAGUUGAAAUAUUUUUGCAGUCACUAUUUCUCAGUGAUUGAAAAUAUACGCUGUCUGUUCAAAAAAUAAGGUGAUUUUUCAUUUUUUUCAAAAAUUAAUGAUUUCUUCAUCAAUUUCUACUUUGUCCCUCUCAAAGUAGUCCCCUUCAGAUAUAAUACACUUGUGCUGGCGUUUUUUCCAAUCUUCAAAGCGCAGUUCUAACAUGCACUUUUUAGAUCUGAGCAAAGCUUUUGACUGUGUAAACCAUCAUUUAUAACUAGAGAAACUUGAAUUUUAUGGUAUCAGAGGAUCAGCCUUGAAAUUCUUCCAGUCUCUCAUCUAGAAAGCAGGCAUUAUAUGUGAAUAGUAAUUUAUUAGAUGAAAGGUCUAUGAAUAAUGGAAUACCUAAGGGAUUCAUCUUGGGUCCAUCCCUUUUUAUAAUCUAUAUAAAUGACAUACUCUAUUACCUUUUACCCAGUACAGUAAUCUGUUUUGCCGACGACACCAUAAUGUUAAAAUCAAAUUCAAAUAUCUCAAAUUUACUUGUAAAUACCAAAGAAACCGAAGACAAAGCAGAAUACUGGUUUACAUCCAACAAACUGAAACAGGAAAAAAAACUCAGAAAAUAACUAUAUCUUCUGAUACCAGGAUAACGAUCAAAGCUCAAGUUAAAUUGUUAGAUAUGCUUAUAGAUGAGUCGCUUCGAUAGGAAUAACAUAUUGACCAUCUCUGUAAAAAACUCUCGACAGAGUUGUUUCUACUUCGCCAGUUGAAAAUAGCAUUGAGCCAUAAAGCAGUUCUCAUUUCGUAUCAUUCCCUUUUUUGCUGUCACUUUUCAUAUGGCAUUCUCCUUUGGGGUAGAUCUACUUACGCGAUCACAACUUUCCUCAUGCAGAAAAAAGCCAUCAGAAUUAUAGCUGGAGCUCCAUUCGACGCACACUGUCAACCACUAUU